AUGGAGCUGGUGCAAAUCGUGCUCUCCCACCCCGUCGCUACUGGCGUCGCGGGAACUACCCUCUAUAUCAUCUUGCUAUCAAUCUAUCGACUGUGGUGCUCUCCCCUUGCCAAAUUCCCCGGCCCUAAACUUGCUGCCCUGACAUUGUGGUACGAGUUCUACUACGAUACCAUCUGCCGGGGACGGUAUACGUUCCGCAUAGGUGAAAUGCACAAGCAAUACGGCCCCAUCGUCCGCAUCAGCCCAUUCGAGCUCCAUAUCGACGACCCCGAGUACUAUGACGUUCUCUACUCGCGCACCAGCCCGCGCAACAAGUACGAACUCUACACGAGGCAGUUUGGAGCGCCGCUCUCGAUGCUGUGCGCCGUCGAUCACCAUCGCCACCGUUUGCUGCGGUCGAACAUGAACCCCUUCUUCUCGAUGACGCGCAUCCGGCGUCUCGAGCCGGCCAUUCAGGCUCUGGCGGACAAGCUGUGCAGCCGCUUGAGCGCGUUCAAGAACACAGGGAAGUCGAUCGUCAUCCGUGACGCCUUUCUCUGCUACGCCACGGACGUGAUCAGCAGUUACGUGCUGGGCGAGGAGCCUCACUAUCUCGACGGACCCGACUUUCUCCCGCAGUGGAGUGACACGAUAUCCGGGACGCUCGAUCUGGCCGUCAAUUUCAGGCAUUUCCCUUCAAUGAUCCGCCUCAUCCAAUCGUUGCCAGAGCGUUGGGUGAUGAAGCUUGACCCGGGGAUUGGUCUGCUCUUCCAAUACCAGCAUCAAUGCCUGAAGAAGAUCAACUCCAUCAUCGCCAGCCAGGCAGACGGUUCCAAGUCUCAGCGGCUCUCCAAAGGCGAUGAUGGCGAUCCCUCUGACAAACCGACUUUCCUCCACGACGUGCUCCAGAGUAAGCUGCCACCAAAGGAAAAGUCUCCCAAGAGACUGGCACAUGAAGUCCGGGUUUUGGUCGCCGCUGGGGGAGAAGCGACGACCAAUGCGCUGACAAACAUCACCUUCUAUCUGCUGGCCAACCUGGACAAGCUGAAGAAACUGCAAGAGGAGCUGGAAACAUUGGACCCGGAUCACACAGCGACCUUAGUCCAGUUCGAUCAGAUGCCGUAUCUGGCAAGUGUUUUAUCUUGCGACGAUGUAAACGAUAUAUAUGAUGGCUGA